GAAAAGAAAGAGAGACAAAAGUCUCACUGAUUGGUCCAAGAAGAACCAAAGCCUAUCCACUUCUCAAUCGCUUCUCCUUAUUACCAACGAGAACCUUCACUCACAUAAAUCUCUGUCGGUUCUUCUUUUUUUAUUGUUAUUAUUUUAAUUCAGAUAAGGGAAAAUCCACAUUUUUAUUUCCAUGAAAGUUUUUAUUUUUUCUUAAAUAACUCGGCUCAACUACACACCGAAACCUUCGCUCCAUCUGAAUCUUCAUCAAGAUUUCAUUCUGCCGAAGGCUUUGGAACGCGAUUGUUGAUGCUUUGAUGUCACUUUUGGAUAUUUGCUAAUUAAUUGCAUCACUUUCAUGGAGGUUGAAGAAAGGAAUGUUUCUUCUGGUUAUGCUAAACCUCCAUGGAUAUUCAAAGGAAGUGCGUUGUACCAGAUUCAUCUUGUGAAGGCUUCCACUGCUCGAGCAUUCAUCCCCAAGGAGUUUCGACUUGUUGAAGCUUUUGGGUACACUCUUGGAGGGUUUUUCCUGGCUAGCUACGAUGAUAGUCCCGCUGGUGUCUUCGAUGAGGUCUCUUCUUGCCUUUCCUUUACAACUUCCUACUUACUCAAACUUUAUCAUCCCACAACAUUCUUUAAUCGACUCUCUCUCUUGCUUUUUGUUUUUGUUUCACAGCUUGUCAUGAUUGCAGGGAUUGUAUGGAACCCUCCUACAUCAUGCGCAUGGGCGGCGAGGGUGCUUGUGAACAGCAACGAGGCUUGUCAUCACGGACGCAAGGAAGUAGGACUCCCAAGCCAAGUUGCAAGAUUUUCUAAAAAAAUCACUGCAGUUCCAAAGAGAAAAAGGGAAAGAGCUUUUGGUUUCUUAGACACAUUUGGGUUGGGAACUACUCUGUCUCACCCUGAGGAUUUGAUGGAGGUUAAAGUUAGUGAAGUUGAUAGUGCUGCUUCUGCAAAUAUCUGCAACAUCCAAAUUAGAUCAAACGAAUCAGAGACCAAACUAGGAAAAUGGAUGGGACCAGCAAUCAAAAUGUCGCUUCCGAGUUUUAGUGGCAAUACAAAGUUCAACCCAAACCUGCUCAAAUACUCUUGCCACAUCCACUGCAGGUUAUGCUUCUGCUACUACUUAAGGGUGAGGCCUGUGAGUCCUGCGGUAGUAUCAAAGCCUUUGGAAGAUGAGGCAGAUAAGAAUCACACAUCACAAGAGUCGCUUGAAAAUGAAAGGCGGUUAAGUGUAGCAGUGAUGCUAUCAAAACCAAUCAUAGCUCUUCAGUUUAAAGACUUAACAAUGCAAGUAGAAGCUCCAGUUGUAGUUCACCCUUCAGUGUAAACACACAACCACUCAAAUUUGAAGAACAUACACUUCCUACAAUAUUUGGGGGAGUUCUGAUUUCUUUUAUAGUAACACAAGACCAAUAAUGGUCCAAAAGCUUUGUCUCUCUAUCAAGAAUAUAUUCAAAUUCAGUUUAGAGACAUUAAAUCAAGUCAUCAAAACAACUUAGACCUCUGUUUUUGAUUAUUUGACAAACCAUUUGGUUCAGUUUGAUAUACUAUGAAAGAAGACUUUGAUGAA